AUGUCCCGCGCGACCGCCCUCGCGCUCGUGGAGAGCCUCCAUCCGCACGUCAACCCGAUCCAGAACGGCCUGCGCGUCCUCGACCUGUCGUGGUGCUCCGGCUGCCUGUCUGACGCCGCGGGGCCUACGCUGCUGUCAGGCCUGGCCGCGCACCCGCGCCUCGAGGAGCUGCGCCUGACCAAGACGGGGAUCGCCGCCGACGCCGCUCAGGAGCUCGGCGUCAUGGUCGCGUGUCUUCCGGGCCUCAGGGUCCUGGAGCUGAGCUGGAACGACAUUGGCGACGAUGGCGCGGCAGCCGUGGCGAGGGCGGCCGGGUCGGCGCCGCGGCGGGAGCGCGGCGCCGAGCGCGAGCUGCGCGAGCUGCUGCUGUACAGCUGCGGCAUCACGGACGUCGGCGCCGCUGCGCUGACGGAGCACCUGCGCAGCGGCGCGUCGCGGGGCGGGGCGCGGCUGGAGGCGCUGGACGUGAGCUUCAACUCGAUAGGCAAGGGCGCGGUAGCGGCGCUGCUCGCGGCCGUGGAGGAGGGCGGCCGGCUGCGGACGUUCGCGAGCGAGGGCGCGGUGGAGGAGUGCGGCACGUGCGGCACAAAGGACUGCGGGAGCUGCGCGCCGCUGCUGGGCGACUGGUAG